AUGCUGUUACUUGUAUUGCUCGUUGUUUUCACAACGAUUGAUAAGUCGGAACAAAACGUAGUGAGCAUAGCGCAGGGACGAAUACGGGGCGUUCAGAAACGAGGAUACAUUACAUACGGCGGGAUUCCGUACACUACGGUUAGCGGCAUGGCAGGGAGAUUCAAGAGUGGCGGUCUAGCGCCUGUGUGGUCCAACAUUAGGGAAUCUCAGAUGAGUGAUUGUACAAGCACAUCACCAGUUGAAGACUGUUUACAACUAGAUGUCAACGUGCCCCCCGGAACACGUCUGCCUGUCAUGGUGUGGGUGACUGGUGGUAGUGGACACUAUGACCCCACCAUGCUUGUCGAACAACAAAUUUUAGUAGUCAUAGUGCGACACAGGUUGGGCCCGACGGGUUUUUUAUGUUCGAGGGAAGAUAAAAUAGCAGGUAACGCUGGUCUCAAGGACGUUGUGUUGGCCUUACGAUGGGUGAGAGAUAACAUCGUAGCUUUUAAUGGGAACCCGAACAUGGUGGUGGUCGCUGGCCAGAGCUUUGGAGCCGCUAUGGUGCAAUCAUUGAUGUUGUCAAAUAUGGCCAGGGGUUUGUUUCAUGGAGCUAUAAUACAAAGCGGAAGCGUUUUAGCUCCCUGGGCUUUUAACUUUGACGCCGAGCAACGGGCGAAGUUCUUGAAGAUGAAAUUUAACGAAAGUCGAGAUUCCUUUACAUUGGUCAAAGCUGGUACAGUGGACCUUGAUAGGAACGCAGAAGAGCUCGACUUCCCAUAUCUACCCUUCGGUAUAUGUGUAGAAAACCCCAUGAAAAACGAGGAAAAGUUUUUAUCUGAUUCUCCUUUCGACUUACUUUCUAAUGGCAAAAUAAUACCAGUACCAAUUAUAAUGGGAUACACCAACAACGAGGCAUAUAUAUUCUCUUCGCUGUUGAAAGAAGUCAGGGUAUUGAAGAAGAUGUCAGAGGAGAUGAACUUUUUAAUACCAAUAGAACUGCAGACAAGUAAACGGGAUGUCCUUCAGUUAGCGAAAAAAGUAAAAGAAAUGUACUUCCCAGGAAAUAUAACUAUGAAAUCAGUUCUAACAUACCAUAGGGAUGCUUACUUCUUGAGUCACAUCUAUAAAAGCCUUCGCUUUCAUUCGGCGUCGUCAAGUCCUGUGUACUUUUACCAGUUCUCUCACAGCGGCCUUGUUGGGGUGGAAGAAGAGCCUGACGUUAUAAAGGAUGGAGCAGCGCACUCUGAUGAACUGGCGUACUUGUUCCCGGACAAGGGACGCAAAUUAGAUGGUGACGAUGGAGACGCUCAGAGAAAUCUUGUUAAACUUUGGACUAAUUUUGUUAAAUUUUUAAACCCCACUCCCCAAGGUGAACUGGGCCAGGGAUUGGUCUGGGAGCCGUACAGUCCCUACGACAACCGAAUGUUAAGCAUCAGCUCCGAGCUGGAGAUGAUCGAAUUCCCCUUCAAUAAGGAGAUGCAGAUGUGGGAAGACGUUUAUGAGAAGUACCAUCACGAGCGACGACGGAAAUUGGUCGUUUAA